CACUGACGGAGAGCACUUACAGUACCUAUAGAGCGGAUAACUGAACUGUGUUGUUGAGCAUGAAGACUCUUGGAUCCGUGGUGGUGGUGGUGCUAUUCUGGCCAGGUCUGCUUCAGGUUGCAGCAGACCCUGUUGGAGUCCAUGAUGAAAAGGAAGCCUCAACUCCACAAAGCUGCCAUCCCAACCACACGGCUGUGCUGAGAGCCAUGUGCACCCUGGUAGACUAUGAUGAAGGGCUCGCACAACAACUGGAGGCCAUGAAGCAGCAAGUGGAGACCAUGGGCACCAAGCUGAAAGCCCUUGAAGAGAAAGAAGAGGCAACGAGAGCAGAUGUUAAGAAGCAACAAGAGAGAAGUGACGAGAGCAAGGUGGCUUUCUCUGCAUCACUGGUGGAAGCAGGAGAUACACAUACAGGCCCCUUCCCCAAAGCAACGACUCUGGUCUUCAAGCACGUCAUCACCAACAUUGGGAAUGCCUACAACCCAGCCACUGGUGUCUUCACGGCUCCUGUCAAGGGCGUAUACCACUUUGAGGUCCACCUGUUUGCAGACAGCCACGGAGGGAGACCCACUGCGGCUCAUCUGUAUAAGAAUAGUGAUCCUAUUGUUUACACUUACGGUGCUGUCUACGCCUAUCAUGCUGCAUCAUCUAAUGGUGUUUCUCUGCUGAUGAAUGUGGGAGAUCGUGUGUAUCUGAAACUGAGGGCCAAUGCCUGGGUGAGGGACAAUCACGACCACCAUACCACCUUCUCUGGACACAUGCUGUUCAGUAUGUAACAUUUGCACUUGCAUGGGACUUAGAGAGUGUAUGUCACAUAAUGGUGUAUCACUGCCUGUCCCCAAAGUGUGCUCCCACUCCAGUGCUAUGGGAAAUGGGUCUAUGGUGAGCUCUUAGCUUAAAUUACAUUCACACUAAAUCUGCUAUGCUGUUUGAGGUUUAGAAUAUUCUACAACUUACAUGUAAUGGUUCUUUAGUGUCCUUUAACUCUGCAAAAAAUUAAAGCGUUCAACUUUUUCUUGAUUUGUUUCGCUCUGUAUAACAUAAUGGACAUGCAAAUAAAUGUG